AUGGAAACAAACAUUUCACCAACAACUUUAGGUUACAAUAGAGAUUCUUCUUCUUCUUCACCAACUCCACCUCAAACAACUCCAUCUCAAACUAACACAAACACAUUAGUCUUCAAUAUUCCACCACAAAGUUCACACCACAACAAUAAUCUUCAUCCAGAUCCAGAUCUAAUCGUUACAACAAGCACUUCUACUAUCCCAAUAACACCACAACAGACCACAACAAAAGUAUAUUACCGAGAAUGUCUGAGAAACCACGCGGCAAGCAUGGGAAGCCACGUGGUAGAUGGAUGUGGCGAGUUCAUGCCAAGCGGUGAAGAAGGUACUCCACAAUCAUUCAAAUGUGCUGCUUGUGAUUGUCAUCGAAAUUUUCAUCGAAAACAUGUCCAAUUACCACAACAGCAGCAACAGCAGCAACAACAACACGAACAUCAACAACAAUCGCAACAUGUUGUUAAUAACGGUCCCGUUCAGUUUAACACACCUUCUUCUUCAUCUCAAAGAUUCUCACACCCUACUACUUCUGGACAUGUUCCACCAUUGAUGAUGACCUUUGGAUCAGGUCCAGCUGAAUCAUCAAGUGAAGAUCUCAACAUGUUGGGUGCACAAUUUUCAAUACAAACGCAGCAGCAGCAGCAACAAGUUUCUAAGAAGAGGAUAAGGACGAAAUUCUCACAGCUUCAAAAGGAUAAGAUGAUGGAGUUUGCUCAAAAGAUUGGGUGGAAGAUCCAGAAACAUGAUGAACAAGAAGUUCAACAGUUUUGUUCUCAAGUUGGCAUCAAAAGACAGGUUUUCAAAGUUUGGAUGCAUAAUAAUAAACAAGCUAUGAAAAAAACAGGAAAUGUAAGCUUAGUUUAG